AGGCAUCAUUUUACGCAGUCUCUCGAUUGCCUGUCGAGAGUGAGAAGGGAAUGAAGGCCUUUUGUGGAGUGAUCUGGGUGGUCACUUUGGCGUUGUCAAAGGCCCAAAGUCUGACAGAUUCGGAUCGUGUGGAUUGUCAUCCUGAUCCGAACGUCACCCAAGCCCGAUGUGAACAACGGGGAUGCAUUUUUGAACCCCCCCUCGGUUCGGGAAGGGCCCCUGUUUGUUAUUUGCCCCCGUUCUACGGCUAUCGACUUCAGGGUGACGAGGUCUUGCCCACUGAUUUGGGCUUUGAGGCCAUUCUUGAGAGGAAUCUGGCGGAAUCAUCGUAUUUUGGUCAGGAUUUCUCAUUGGUCCGCUUUGAAGUCGAAUUCCAAACGGAAUCUCGACUCCGGGUCAAGUUGAGUCCCUUAUCAGCGGAACGUUACGAGGUUCCAAUCCCAAUUGAGAGAGAUUCCAAUCGUCCUCAAAGUACAUUGUACGACGUCCAAUUCUCUUAUGAACCAGUCUUUUCAUUCCAAGUGAUCCGAAAAUCAACGGGAACCAUCCUCUUUGAUUCUUCCUACGGAGGCCUCACACUCUCUGAUCAGUUCCUUCAAAUAGCCUCGAGAUUGCCCUCUGAGAAUGUCUACGGUUUGGGCGAGCAUGAACAGCCCUCUUUCAAACACGAUCUCAAUUGGAAAACAUGGACCAUGUUUGCUCGAGAUGUAUCACCCAACCCGGAGUUGAACCUCUAUGGAACCCAUCCCUACUAUACCGUAUUGGAAAACGAUGGCAAUGCCCAUUCAGUACUAUUUAAGAACAGCAAUGCCGCCGACGUCACCCUGACGCCCAAACCUGGACUGGUUUAUCGAACCAUCGGUGGUGUUCUGGACUUGUAUUUCUUCUUGGGUCCCACGCCAGAGAAUGUGGUCCAACAAUACACCGGAGCUUUGGGACGUCAUCAAGUACCUGCUUAUUGGUCCUUGGGAUUCCACAUUUGUCGAUGGGGGUAUGAAAGCACGCAGGAUUUGCGGGAGGUCUAUCAGCGCACUCUGGCGGCUGAAAUCCCUCUGGAUGGACAAUGGUCUGAUAUUGAUAUUAUGGAUCGGAAAGUGGACUUUACCUACGAUAAGGAACGUUUUGGAGACCUGCCCGAUUUCAUACAGGAUGUACAUAACGAUGGGCGUCGCUUUGUGGCUAUUUUGGAUCCCGGGAUUCCGACAGGAGAAAGUGACUAUCCCGCAUUUGAAGAAGGGUCCACUUUGGACGUCUGGGUGAAAGAAGCUCAAACCGGCCUUCCCAUUCAAGGGAUGGUGUGGCCAGAUAGCCCAGUGUAUUAUCCGGAUUUUACGUCACCCAUCACCCGAGAUUGGUGGGUCAAAUGGAUCAAGGCAUGGCGCCAAGAAGUACCUUGGGACGGACUUUGGAUCGAUAUGAAUGAGCCCGCCAAUUUCGAGCAGGGAAGUUUGAAUGGAUGCGAGGAGAACAUGUGGAACAACCCGCCGUAUGUUCCUGGUGCGAACGCUUCUUUUGGUUUGAUCACCAAAACCCUUUGUAUGGAUGCUCAACAUGCGGGAGGUUCCCAUUAUGACACCCAUUCCAUGUAUGGUUGGUGGGAGGCUGUGGCCUCUUUCCAAGCAGUUCAAGAGGCCACAGAUCAACGAAGUUUGGUCUUGAGUCGCUCCACUUUCAUUGGAGGGGCCAAAUAUGCCUCACAUUGGUUGGGCGAUAAUUUUGCAGAAUGGGACAAUUUGAAAUAUUCCAUCAUCGGGAUCCUUCAGUUCAACCAGUUUGGAUUUCCAUUAGUGGGAGCGGAUAUCUGCGGCUUUAAUGGGGAUUACGAUCCCGAGAUGUGCGCCCGAUGGCACCAAUUGGGUGCCUUCUAUCCGUUUGCUCGGAAUCAUAAUAGCAUUGGCAAUGUGGAUCAAGAUCCGGGUGUGGAUCCAUUUGUGGCAUCGAUUGCCAAAACUGUUAUGGAGAUUCGAUAUGCGUUCUUGCCAUAUUUGUACUCUCUAUUCUAUGAACAUACUCAACAUGGAUCCACCGUGUUCCGACCACUAUGGCAUGAAUUCCCUCAAGAUGUCACGACAUGGACCAUUGACGAGCAGUUUUUGUGGGGAAAUGCUCUGCUUGUCUCGCCGGUUUUGCGGCCCGGGGAAGUGUCUGUAAGCGCUUAUCUCCCGGAGGCCAGAUGGUUCGACUUUUAUACCACCGAGGAAAGUGACGUUCGAGGAAACUUUUCCAACUUGGAUGCGCCCAUCGAGAAACUCCCGCUUCACAUUCGAGGAGGUACAAUUAUUCCAACCCAGGCGUCUGCAUUGAGCACGGAAAUGGCCAGAAAGAAUGACCUUCACCUUCUAGUGAGUCUGGAUGAGAACCAGGAGGCCGAGGGUGUUUUGUAUUGGGACGAUGGGCAGAGCUUGGAUCCAUCCUGGGCCAAACACGCCAAGGUGGCUUUCACCUACUCGAAUAAUCAACUCAAUGGAACCGUGGUGAAAAAUGACCACUCCGCUUUGAACGAUCUUCAAAUUGGGAAGGUCUCUUUUUAUGGGUUGCCCACCAUUAUUGCUCGGAUUCGCUUCCCAGAGGAAUCCCGUUGUGAUUGGAAUCAGACUUUUGCCUUCACACAAGUCGAGUGCUCGGAGAAGAUCAACCCUGCGGCUGAUUGGAGCAUGGAGCUCUUCUUUUAUUGCUGAUUCAUGUCUGCCAGAUAGAAAAUAUUGUGUGCUCUAGGGUAUAAACUUUUGUCUAGA